CCUUGAUGAACAUUCCCGGCUGCCAGAUUAUCCCUCUGGGAUAUCAAUACAGAAUAAUGGGUUGGGAUCCUGAAGAUUGGGCAACAUAUUACAGAGGCGUGGCGUUUCUUCCGCUAAACAAGGAGGGACGAGGAGAAGAAUUUGUUGUGCUCCUCAACUACACUAAAAAUUUGUAUGUGUUAAGAAGCACUGAAAUGAGAUGGAUGCAGCUUAAGACUCCCAUGAUGCCCUCUGAGCCUCUACGAUCAAGCAAUUAUCUGAUUGCAUCUGGCAAUGAUGAGCUUUUCCUGGUUGAGAAAUUCAACCCAUUUCCUGAAUGUGGUCGAAUAAAUUUUAAGCGGUUUAUAUGUAGAGUGAGUAGGCUAGAUGAGGAGGCUGGUAAAUGGGUUGAGGUCAACAAUCUGGGAGACCGUGUGUUGUUUAUUAGACACUUUGGAAAUGUUUGCUGCUCGGCUAAGGAGCUUCCUGUUGAUUGUGGUGUGAGUGUGAACUCAAUUUUGUUCACCACUGAGCCAUGCAAUGUAACUUACUCCUUCAAAUAUGGAGUAAAGACAGGAAGGGCUGAAGACGACCUUAAUUGCUGGAGAAAAUCAAGAGAGAUUCGUGUAAGGAUCCUCAACACCUUUCCGGUUGUGGCUCUCCGGCUUGAGUACCAAGCUGAAAGUCUCAGCUUUUGAUACCUGAGACAUACUGUUUUUGCUUUUAUUAGAUUUUGUGGUCUUUGAUAAUACAUUCCAGUUUUAAUUUUUUUUUCCUUCUAAACUUUCAACCACGAGCUUCUCAAGACCAGACAGCUCUGUCUCUGGAUAUGGUUGUCUUAUGAACUCUCAAAGCUAUGUCUUGUUGUGUUCUUGGUAUCAUGUGGUGUGUUAGAUGUAUUGAAUGAAACACUAUGAUAUAAGAACAAGACUAUGUAAUCUAAA